GUUUACGUUUAUGAUGGCGGCUGUACAGUUAUGUCCUUUUUGUUGAAUUUCAGUUAAUUAGUCCAUUGAAAUUGCUUUGGCUGUCCUGGAGAAUCUUUAAAAAACACAGACUCAUUAGGGCGGACAGCUUUCACUCUCUGUCGUUGCUGCGGGAGCGAGAACUUUGUACUCUUCAUGUAUUGACAGAUGAAAUGAGAUGUCCAACCUGGCAGAAAUGGCUUUGCCGACCACAAUAUUUACCUUUGUAAAAUAUGUCAAAACAGAAUUUGCGUUGACCGGUGAUGCAUCUCUUUGAACUGAACCAAUAUCCUGUGCCCGUCGGCAGUAUGGAAGGCAUCGGAGACGCGUUUGAGGAAGGAAGACCAUCAUUUUGGAAAAAGACCAGUAAGGCUGUUCCGGGACGACCUAGCCCAAAACGAGACUUGAAAAGCAACUCUUUCAAAAGUUCUUCCACAUCUACAUCAUUUCAAGACUUCCAAGAGAGUGUCAACGAUGCCUGGGAUCUUGCUGAUGAUGACAUUUGCGGAUCAACUGGUGUUACCAUAUCCAGUCGUGUCUCGCAGUCAGCUGCAUUGAGUGUUAUCAACAAUCAUCGCAACACUGCUGGGGUGGAUGAUGAGCGCCCAACACAGCCGCCAAUUUUAUCUGAACAGAAGAAGACUGAAGCUAUUCAACGUUUAGCAUUGUUACAAAAUACGCAAGCUGCACCUACGUCCAUGGCUCAACACAUCCCUCAUCAUGCACGGCAAUUUCCUGGGAGACCACAACCGCUUCGAGGACUACCCAGCUCUGGCUCCAGAGAAGGAGAAGAGUCAAGUAAACUAGAGCGCUUUCAACCUUUACUUGAAAGCACUCUGCUAAAUUUAGAAGAUCUUCGUCAAUUAAGUUGGUCAGGUAUUCCUGUCAAAGUUCGUGCCAUCACAUGGAGACUCUUAUCAGGAUAUGUUCCAGCAAAUUUAGAACGAAGACAACAGGUUUUGGAGCAGAAACGUCAAGAUUAUUGGAACCUUGUGAAGCAGUACUUUGACACUGAUCGAGAUGAAGCUUAUGAAGAUACAUAUCGUCAAAUCCACAUUGAUAUUCCUCGAAUGAGCCCUCUUAUUGCUUUGUUUCAACAGCAAACUGUUCAAGAAAUGUUUGAGCGCAUAUUGUACAUUUGGGCCAUCAGACAUCCUGCCUCAGGAUAUGUGCAGGGAAUGAACGAUCUUGUUACCCCAUUUUAUAUUGUUUUUCUACAAGAGGCGAUUCCAUCUGAUUGUGAUUUGGAUACUUUUGAUGUUGCUCGGCUAUCUAAGGAACAAAGAGAUAUCAUUGAAGCAGAUUCUUUUUGGUGUUUGUCCAAGUUUCUUGAUGGAAUUCAAGACAAUUAUAUAUUUGCUCAGCUAGGUAUUCAGAGAAAAGUUAAUCAGCUUAAGGAACUGAUUCAGAGAAUAGACACUCAACUUCAUCGUCAUUUACAACAGCAUGGUGUUGACUAUCUACAGUUUUCCUUUAGAUGGAUGAACAACCUUUUGACACGUGAAUUGCCUCUCUAUUGCACAAUUCGACUCUGGGACACAUAUCUAGCAGAAUCUGAUGGGUUUGCUUCUUUCCAGCUUUAUGUUUGUGCAGCUUUUCUCAUGCAUUGGCGGCAAGAAUUACUCCAAGAAAGAGAUUUUCAAGGCCUCAUGUUGAUGCUCCAGAAUCUCCCGACCCAACGUUGGACUGAUUCUGAAAUAAGUAUUGUAGUUGCAGAGGCGUAUCGUCUUAAAUUUACCUUUGCAGAUGCUCCAAAUCAUCUGCAAAGUGGUGACAGGUGAUGUUACUGAACUGAUCUUCCAUGCCUCUAUUUUAGAAUUUUGUGAUGAUGUGAUUGGCAUUGUUAUUUUGUUCUCUAAAAUGUUUAUAGGGCCAUUCUUAAACAAAUAUUAUUUUGAGGGCCCACUGUUGAAUUUAAUUCUUGAUUUAUUUACAGAGUGUACAUUUGUUUUGUCUGGUUUAUUGUAUGAAAUUGGUAGCUAGAUCAUAUCUUCACAUUUUUAACAUUAAAGUCACAAGCAUAAUACUUGGCUGUGGGGGGAUGUGAAACUGUAAACUAGUAUCAAAAGGUUGUAUGUUCCAUUUAAAAAUUUGAAAAGUUAAUCCUACUUUAGGUGGAUAGAGUUCUACAAAUAUGUAUGUGGUCUGAUGUCACAAACUGUCUCUAUUGUUUCUGUGUUUGUGUGUGUGUGUGGCUAGUUCAAGGAAUUAAAUUUGAUAUUGUUCUGUACGUGAGAGCCGAUGUCAUAUGUUAUCUGUGAUAAGUUCAAAACAGCAUUGUGCAUCACAGU